UUCGCUGAAAACAUUGAUGAUUAUGGAAUGUAAAUUACUAUUAUUAAUCCAGCUUAGUGUUUUCUGUGCAGUUUUUCAUGACAUUAACCCUGCUACUAUACAUCAUGCUUCUACAACCAAGAAAGUGACCACUACAACUCACCGACCUACCCACGAACACGGAGAAUGGACAAACUCUUACUACCGCUACGAUCAUUACUCCCACUUCCUUUGCCAUUUUCACUCCUCCAGACUCAUACAAUACUGUCACUGCUACCACGUUCCAUUUGAAGACCGGAGUGAUAUCCAUUCUCCGUUGAAGAUGUUUGAAAUGGAGAAACAUAUGGCGGAACUGUACGUAGCCGGGAACCAUGUAUUGAUGAAUGAUCUUCGAAUGUACAGCAAAUUAAACUACGAUAUGUGCCACAACCAUGGAAAAAGGCCCAAUAUUACCAUAUAUAGGUUAUACGACAACCUUUGAUCAGACAUUCCCAUUCUGGCAUUAAAUGAUAAUUUUCUUAGGAUGUCAUGUUUCUGAGUUUGGGCGUGUUCAAAUUUGUUUCAGUAUUUAUGGCAAAACUUUU